AUGAAGACAGGCUGUGCAGCAGGGAGCCUGGGGAGUGAAUGGCUUUUCUCCAGUCGCGGCAAGAGAAAUUUGACUUUUAACAUAUGCUCCAGUGGGACACACCAUCUAGUCCUUGGACUUGACAUGGACGGAAGAUCCGUGUGGAAAAAAGACCCCAAUUUAAGUCCUGUGAAUGAAACUCAGCUGUUUCCGUAUGACACAUUCCCUCCGGAGUUCCUCUGGGGUGUAGGAACUAGUGCUUUUCAAGUGGAGGGGAGCCAGAGGAAGGAUGGGAAAGGACCCUCGAUAUGGGAACACUUCAUCCAGUCACCUCUCGGAACCGGUUCCAGGAUCGAUGACUCCAGUGACAGCUACACUCUCCUGGAAAAAGAUUUGACAGCUCUGGAUUUUUUGGGCGUUUCUUCUUACCACUUUUCGAUUUCCUGGCCAAGGCUCUUUCCCACUGGGAUGGUAACAGCUGUCAACGAACAGGGGCUCCAUUACUACAACAGGCUUCUCAAUGCUCUUAUCCACAGACGGAUUGAGCCAGUGGUCACCCUUUACCACUGGGAUUUACCUUUGGCACUGCAAGAGGAAUACGGGGGCUGGAAAAAUGAAUCCCUCAUCGAUAUUUUCCACGACUUUGCCAACUUUUGCUUCCAAGCCUUUGGGGAUCGCGUUAAAUACUGGAUUACAAUCCACAAUCCUUACCUGAUUGCUUGGCAUGGGUAUGGCACGGGUAUCUAUGCACCAGUUGAGAGGAGAGAAAGAGCAUCUGUCUACAUCGUGGUCCACAAUCUGAUCAAGGCCCAUGCAAGAAUCUGGCAUCACUACGACCAGCAUUUCCGGCCACAACAGAAAGGAUUCUUGUCGAUAACACUGGGAUCCCACUGGAUUGAACCGAACCGCUCCAAGGACACUUCAGACAUGACAAAGUGUCAGCAGUCCAUGCAGACAGUAUUAGGGUGGUUUGCCAAUCCAAUCCAUGGGGAUGGAGAUUACCCCGAAGAGCUGAAAAGUGAACUCGUUAACAUUUUGCCCAAGUUUACCGAGGCAGAGAAAAAUCAGAUAAAAGGAACGGCUGAUUUCUUUGCUUUUUCCUUUGGCCCUAAUAAUUUUAUACCACGGAGCUUGCUACCUAAAAUGGGACAAAACUUCUCACUCAACCUAAGGGAAGUACUCAACUGGAUUAAGCUGGAAUAUCACAAUCCUCGAAUCUUUAUUGCAGAAAACGGGUGGUUCACCAAAAGCGAUGUCCAGACAGAAGACACCACAGUCAUCUACAUAAUGAAGGGUUUUAUUAGUAAAGUCUUACAAGCUAUUAAGUAUGAUAAUAUUGACGUAUUUGGUUACACGGCUUGGUCCCUCUUGGAUGGAUUUGAAUGGCAACAUGCUUACAGCAUCAGACGAGGACUGUUUUAUGUUGAUUUCAGCAGUAAAGAAAAACAGCGGAUUCCGAAGUCGUCUGCAUUGUAUUACAAGCAGAUCAUUCGGGAAAACGGCUUUCCUGUGAAGGAGUCAACCUCAGCUUUACACCGCCAAUUUCCCUGUGAUUUCUUUUGGGGUAUGACAGAGUCUGUUAUUAAGGCUGAAUCUGUCGCCUCGUCUCCCCAGUUCCAUGACCCCAACCUGUACCUCUGGAAUGUUACUGGUGAUGGGCUUUUCCACCAGGUGAAAGGAGUCCGACUGAAAACCCGUCCUGCUCAGUGUACCGAUUUUGUCAGCAUUAAAAAACAACUGGAGCUGUUGUCAAAAACAAAAAUCACCCAUUAUAGAUUUGCACUCAACUGGUCGCUGCUUCUACCCAGUGGCAAGUUGUCAUCCAUAAACAAGCAAGUCCUUCGAUAUUAUCGAUGUGUGGUUAGUGAGAUGAUCAAGGCCCAAAUUAGCCCCAUGGUCACCUUAUAUUAUCCAACCCACCGCUCUUUGGGCCUUCCUGAGCCUCUACUUCUGAAUGGGGGGUGGUUAAACCAGUCUACUGUUCAGGCUUUUAGAAACUAUGCAGAGGUGUGUUUCCAGAAGCUUGGGGACUUGGUCAAAUUCUGGAUCACGAUAAACGAGCCCAAUCGACUCAGUGAUAUUUAUAACAACAGCAGCAAUGAUACUUAUCAGGCAGCACACAAUUUACUGAUAGCGCAUGCCUUGGCUUGGCAUGUCUACGAUAAAGAAUAUAGAUCCUUCCAGAGAGGUCAGGUGUCUCUGUCUCUGCAUUCUGAUUGGGCAGAGCCCGCCAAUCCCUUUGUUGACACGCAUUGGAAAGCUGCCGAGAGAUUCCUUCAGUUUGAAAUCGCUUGGUUUUCAGAUCCAAUUUUUAAGACAGGCGACUACCCUGCUGCGAUGAGAGAAUACCUUGCGUCUAAGAACAGCAAAGGCCUCUCUCGCUCUGCUUUGCCGCAUUUCACGGGAGAGGAGAGGAAACUUGUAAAAGGUGCAGCUGAUUUUUACGCACUGAACCACUUCACUACGAGGUUUGUGAUCCACGAGGUGAAAAACGGAAGUCGGUACGAAUUUGAUCGGGAUGUGGCAUUUCUGCAAGACCUGACCUACCUGAAUUCCCCGUCUCGCUCAGCAGUAGUGCCAGAGGGGCUACGCAAAAUUCUACACUGGAUUAAGAAGCGCUAUGGAAACAUCGACAUCUACGUGACAGCCAGUGGUAUAGAUGACCAUUCUUUAAAUAAUGACGAAGUCCGAAAAUACUACAUCGAAAAAUACAUACAAGAAGCCUUAAAAGCUCACCACAGUGACAAAGUCAAGAUCAGAGGCUAUUUUGCAUUUAAACUGACCGACGAAAAAGCCAAACCCCGAUUCGGAUUCUUCACAUCGGACUCCAAAGCCAAGUCUGCCGUCCAGUUCUACAACCACGUGAUCAGCAACAGCGGCUUCCCCCCGGAGCCUCCAGAGAACACAUGCGAUCCGCCAGCAGAAAAAAAAUCUUGCGCUCUCUGUCCAUUCCUAACACUGAAAACGCCGCUAAUAUUCUUUGGGUGUUGCCUUUCCUCUAUGUUCGUAUUGCUUAUAAGUAUUAUCCUUUUCCACAAAGGAAAAAGGAGAAAAUUGUAUUGGUCAAAAAAUUUCCAAUCCGUCUGUCUCCCUGUUAAAACUAGGCCCAAGAAUAUUCUCAACCAGAUAUAA